AUGAAGACGGUGCCACUUGUCUACACACCGACAGUCGGUGAUGCAUGCCUGAACUUCUCUCGGAUGUUCCGUCGUCCUGAAGGACUUACCUUGUCGAUUGAUGACAAGGGCGCUAUCGAAAAAUGCAUCGAAAACUGGCCACGUCCAGCUGAUGCACCACGUGUGGCCGUCAUCACAGAUGGCUCGCGAAUUCUUGGUCUUGGCGACCUUGGCUGGAACGGUAUGGGUAUUGCCAUUGGCAAGCUGUCCUUGUAUGUGGCAGGUGCUGGCGUGCACCCCCAGUCGGUCAUGCCCAUUGCUGUUGAUGUUGGUACAGACAAUGAAGAAUUGCUGAACGACCCGAUGUACUUAGGACUUCGUCGCCGACGUCCCAGCACUGAGGAAUUAGUCGAGUUCGUCGACGAGAUUAUGGAGAAGCUUCAUGCUCACUACCCGAGUCUGAUCAUUCAGUUUGAGGACUGGAGCAGUGAACAUGCCUUCAUGUUCCUCGACCGGUAUAAGGACAAGUACCCUAUGUUCAACGACGACAUCCAAGGCACGGGUGCUGUGAUUUUGGCUGGUCUCAUAAGUGCCACACGUCUCGUGGAGAAGGAAACAAAGAAGUCAUCGGACCAUCGCAUUUUGAUGGUGGGCGCUGGCUCAGCAUCUGUGGGUGUGGCGAAGCAACUGAUGUCGUUCUUCACUCUGAAUGGCAUGUCGGAGGCACGCCUGCGGAUUUGGACAACUGACUCCAAGGGCCUUGUGACCAUGAACCGCGGUGACAAGCUCCCUGACUACAAGCAAUACUUUGCGCGCCGCGACAAUGGUGACAUGCAACUGAAGGAAUUGUCCGACAUUAUCGACUAUGUGAAGCCAACUGUAUUGCUCGGAUUGUCGACGAUACAUGGCCUUUUCGAUGAAAAGAUCCUUCGUAAGAUGGCCGAUCUGAACGAACGACCCAUCAUAUUCCCACUUAGUAACCCAACGAGCAAGUCCGAGUGCACGUUUGAAGAAGCACUCACACACACAGAUGGCCGUUGUGUAUUUGCUGCUGGUUCGCCAUUUGGCACUGUCAACUUCCACGGCAAACAGCGCUUUGCGGAUCAGGGUAACAACUUCUACAUCUUCCCUGGUCUCGGUCUGGCAGGCGCUCUGGUCAAGGCAAAGCAUAUGGAUCAUAAGGUCAUUACGGAGGCGGCUGUUGCGCUGGCAGACUCCAUGACCAAAGACGAGGUUGACGAAGGCCGUCUGUACCCCAAGCUAGGACGUGUGCGAGAAAUCUCGCAGUAUGUCGCGUUCCGCUGCAUUAAAGUGCUCAACAAAGAUGGCCUUUGCCGAGACGACGGUAUCACGGCUUCCAUGAGCGAUGACGAGCUCUUCCGUUAUGUCGGCGAUCACAUGUGGGAACCACAUUAUGAGCACUAA